CCAGCAGACCACAGCAUUCAGGCAUCCUGUGAGUGGGCAGUUUUCUCCAGAAAACAGUGACUUUAUUCUUCAAGAAGAACCAAAUUCACAUAUGUCGAAGCAAGAGAGAAACCAAAGACCGCCCAGCAUGGUCAGUGAGACGUCCACAGCUGGGACCAGUUCCACCAUGGAGGCCAAGCCUGGCCCCAAGAUAAAGUCCAGCAAUAAAGUCCACAGCUUUGGGAAGAGGGACCAGGCCAUUCGGAGGAACCCCAACGUUCCAGUGGUGGUGAGGGGCUGGCUGCACAAGCAGGACAGUUCUGGGAUGAGGCUAUGGAAAAGGAGGUGGUUUGUGCUGGCUGAUUACUGCUUGUUUUACUACAAAGACAGCCGAGAAGAAGUGGUCCUUGGAAGCAUCCCUCUGCCCAGCUACGUGACCUCGCCCGUGGCUCCUGAGGACCGCAUAAGUCGCAAGUAUUCCUUUAAGGCCGUGCACACAGGGAUGCGAGCGCUCAUCGGUAACAGCUCCACAGGGGGCCCUCAAGCGGAGCAGUCAGGCAUGAGGACCUACUACUUCAGCGCCGACACCCUGGAGGACAUGAACGCUUGGGUGAGGGCCAUGAACCAGGCCGCACAGGUGCUGUCUCGAUCAUCACUGAAGAGGGACAUGGAGAAAGCAGAGCGGCAGGCAGUUCCCCAGACCAACCACACAGAAUCCUGUCGUGAGUGUGGCCGUGUGGCACCAGGACACAAAAGGGAUUGUCCUCAUCGUGGCCUUGAGGACUCCUUCAGGUACGAGAGGCGGGAGCAAGAGGAAGAACGGUACCGUCCCCAGAGAGACCCACUGGAGGGCAAGCGGGACAGGAGUAAGGCCAGGUCUCUCUACUCACCUGUCGAUGAGGAGGCCUUGUUCGUGGAUUUACCUGGUGGGCUGAGAGGCCAGCAGGCACAGCCCCAGCGGGCAGAGAAGAAUGGCAUGCUGCCCACCUCGUAUGGCCCAGGAGAGCAGAAUGGGACUGGCGGGUACCAGCAGGCCUUUCCUCCCAGGACCAACCAUGACAAGCAUAGCCAGAGGAAGAGCAGUCUGGCCCAAGUGGAGCACUGGGCGAAGACCCAGAAGGCGGACGGCAGGAGCUUGCCCCUGGACCAGACCCUUCCUCGCCAGGGCCCUAGCCAGCCUCUGUCCUUCCCAGAAAACUACCAGACUCUCCCAAAGAGCACCCGACACCCCUCGGGGAGCUCUUCCCCUCCACCCCGCAACCUGCCGAGUGACUAUAAGUAUGCACAGGACCGAGCCAGCCACCUGAAGAUGUCGAGUGAGGAGCGCCGGGCACACCGGGAUGGCACCGUGUGGCAGCUCUAUGAGUGGCAGCAGCGCCAGCAGUUCCGGCAUGGCAGCCCCACGGCACCCAUCUGUGCUGGCUCCCCAGAGUUCACGGACCAGGGCCGGAGCAAGAGCAUGCUAGAGGUACCCCGCUCCAUCUCUGUGCCUCCGUCUCCUUCGGACAUCCCACCCCCAGGGCCCCCGAGGGUCUUUCCACCCCGGCGACCACACACACCAGCAGAGAGGGUCACUGUGAAGCCUCCAGACCAGAGGAGGAGCGUCGACAUCUCGCUGGGGGGUUCUCCCAGGAAAAUCCGUGGCCAUGCCACCAAGAACUUCUCUCCUGUGGACAGACGCUCCAUGCCCUCCAUGGGUUACAUGACCCACACCGUCAGUGCGCCCAGUUUACACGGGAAAUCGGCUGAUGAUACCUACCUCCAGCUGAAGAAAGAUCUGGAGUACCUAGACCUCAAGAUGACAGGCCGGGACAUUCUCAAGGACCGCAGUCUGAAGCCAGUGAAAAUCGCCGAAAGUGACAUUGACGUCAAACUGAGCAUCCUUUGUGAACAAGACAGGAUCCUCCAGGAUUUGGAAGACAAGAUACGAGCCCUCAAGGAAAACAAAGACCAACUAGAGUCGGUGCUGGAAGUGUUGCACAGACAGACGGAGCAGUACCGGGACCAGCCCCAGCACCUGGAGAACAUUGCCUACCAGCAGAGGUUGCUGCAAGAGGACCUUGUCCACAUCCGGGCCACGCUCUCCAGAGAGUCCACUGAGAUGGAAAAUGCUUGGAACGAAUACCUGAAGUUGGAGGGUGAUGUGGAGCAGCUGAAGCAGACCCUGCAGGAGCAACACAGAAGGGCCUUCUUCUUCCAGGAGAAAUCACAGAUCCAGAAGGAUUUGUGGAGGAUUGAAGAUGUCACUGCGGGCCUGAGUGCAAAUAAAGAGAACUUCAAAAUUCUGGUGGAUUCCGUCAAAAAUCCAGAGAGAAAAACGGUGCCUUUGUUUCCUCACCCGCCUGUGCCUUCACUCUCGACUUCUGAGAGCAAGCCAGCCCCGCAGCCCAGCCCUCCCACCAGCCCCGUGAGGACCCCUCUGGAGGUUCGCCUCUUCCCCCAGCUGCAGACCUAUGUGCCGUACCGACCUCACCCGCCCCAGCUGAGAAAAGUUGUGUCGCCCCUGCAGUCACCCACCAAGACGAAGCCCCCAGUUGAUGAGGAGGCUCCUCCCAGGCCCCCACUCCCUGAGCUCUACAGCCCGGAGGACCAGCCCCCUGCUGUGCCGCCUCUGCCCAGGGAGGCCACUGUCAUCCGGCACACGUCAGUGAGGGGACUCAAGCGGCAGUCAGACGAGAGGAAGCGAGACCGGGAGCAGGGGCAGUGUGUGAAUGGGGACUCCAGGGUGGAGCUCCGGUCAUAUGUGAGUGAGCCCGAGCUGGCGUCCUUCAGCGGGGACCUGGCCCAGCCCUCACUGGGACUCGUGGGCCCCGACAGCAUGUACCAGACGCUGCCAGGCAGAGGGCUCUCGGGGUCCACGUCACGGCUCCAGCAGUCUUCUACCAUCGCUCCCUACGUCACCCUCCGGAGGGGCCUAAAUGCCGACAGCAGCAAGGUGACCUUCCCUAGACCCAAGAGUGCCUUGGAGCGCCUGUACUCAGGGGACCACCAGAAGGGCAAGAUGAGCGCUGAGGAGCAGCUGGAACGCAUGAAGCGACACCAGAAGGCCCUGGUCCGGGAGCGCAAGAAGACGCUGAGCCAAGGAGAGAGGACGGGCGUCUCCUCAUCCCGCUACCUCAGCCAGCCGCUCCCUGGAGAUCUCGGCUCAGUAUGUUAGGAGGGUGCAGACAGGGGCUGGGACAGGGAGCAGAGCUUCCCCGAGUCCCCACAACGCAGCAUGUCACACCCCAGAGAGCGGGCGGUUGACCUCAAUGGCUCCAAGAAUACCCCGUGGGGCUGUUUGUCCACACCCAGGACAUUGUGUAAUCUGGUCAGGGGAACCUGGAACCAGAGCAGGAGAGGGGAUGUUCCAGGAGGAGUCUGAGGAAAUGUCCAGCAUCAGUGCUCCAAGCUGAGCUUGACUGGGCCUUUGUAGGCAUUCAACGUCUGUAAGGCUGAGUCAGUUCAAAGAGUGUAGGAGGAAGAUGGUGACAUGACCUGAUGAGGAGGAAGACAAGUCACCAGAUUUCCAAACUUCUAGGCGGAUGCCCUGAGCACAAGAUCAUGCCAGAAAACCCUGGUGGUGCGCACAGGCCUCAUGGUGCCCCUGAGAGCUCAGGGAUCUGCUGCCCCCUGGUGGUGCUUCCCUGCAUUUACACCCUGCCCAGCCGCCUUAGGCCCCUUUUGGAAAUAACUCCGUUUGACUUGUCCGGUAAUUUGAAAUCAAGUAUCUCCUUGGACUGCUAGCCUGACUGUUCUUUCCCUCAUUCAUUGCACAAGCUCUUUUGCUUUUAGUGUUACCGCUCAUUGCCUCUCUAACCCUGCCUGAUUGUGUUUACAGAAGCUUUCAUUUGCAUUGAACGUUCUCUAACUGGCCUGUGCACUUUGUUACCAGGCCUAUCAUAACAAUUCCUGUCGCCACAGCCUAGCGAGCACUCCCAUGUGUGCCUCCGCUUUCUGCUGCCCCUUUGUGCACGGGGUCAUCAUUCACUCACCCCCAGAGUUGCCCCACCAGGCUGAGCCAACCUGCUGCUGGGGGCGGUGAUCAUUGGCAGAGGUCUGGACACUAUGCAUUUAUCUGUCCUCACCUUCCAUCUGCCCGUCUGGACUGUAGACAUGGCCUUUAGAGAUUAUACGUUUGAAUAAAUUCUACCAAGUCUGAAGAUGUUGAGCUUUAAAAAUUCCUUCAGCCCCAUGGCACAGUUUCACAUGGCAAACCUUUUGUGUUUCUGGUAUUUUUAAUAAGUAGAAUGGAUAGUAAGGUACAUUGUGUUCUGUCGGGAUGGGGCUUCUGCCCUUAGACACCAAAGGAGUAAGACCCAGGCCACUCAUACCCAGAGAAGCUACAAAGCUGGUAACUCUUAAACUUUAUAAGCAAAUGUCAUAUGGAUGAACACUGACCUUUACAACAUAAUGUAUCAAGUGUGGAAAGAUGAUCAAAAAUUAUAACUGGAAAACCUUGUAAAUUUUCUCUGCUUCAACGCCAACAAUAAACGUGUU